AGAGGAGGAGCAAAACGACUGACACAGCAAAAGUGAAGGAAAAACCAAGAGCAGCCAGCGUCUUUUCUUCUGAAGACUCUCCUGCAGAUCCAGACUGAGAGGAAGAGGGGCUAAAAUGAGUUCAGCAGAGGAAGAGGAGAAGAAGAGCCCUCCAAAGGUCCUUCUGGAGAUUUUGAAUUCUCUUAGUAAUGAGAACUUUAUAAAAUUCAAAUGGCAUGUGACAAAUGAGGGUUUUCUGGAAACAUUCUCAAUAAUCCCACCAUUUAAACUGGAAGACAAAAGCAGAGAGGAGACAGUAACUGUGAUGUUCCAAACGUACAGUGUUCACACUCUGAAAGUCACUAAAAUAGUUCUGAAGCAGAUGUGUGAGAAUGACCUGGUGGAUAAAUACCUCACAGACCUGCCUGAAAUUCCAGAGAUUAUCAAUAAUUGUCAACAUAUGUUGAAGCCCAAGACGCAAAGGGCCUUGGACUGUGUUACAGAUGGAACAGAAGACAACGAAAGCCCUCUGAAGGAGAUCUUCACAGAGAUCUACAUCACACAGGGAAGAAGUGAAGAUUUAAAGGAAAAGCAUAAAGUUAGACAGGUUGAAGCAGCACAUGGGCAAACAGGAGACAGAGAAGUAAAUUUCAAAUUAGAAAAUGUACUUGAACCCUUACCUGGGGAAACAGAACCAAUCAGAUUAGUGAUGACAGUGGGAGGAGCCGGCAUUGGGAAAACCAUUUUAACACAGAAGUUCACUCUGGACUGGGCUGAAGGCAAAAACAACCAAGACAUCCACUUCAUAUUUCAAAUACCAUUUAGAAAAAUGAGCGUGCUGAAAGAUGGUACCUGUAGCUUUGUGGAUCUUGUUCAUCAGUUCUUCCCUGAAAUUAGGGAAGAAGGAAUCUACAGCUUUAAAGAGUUUAAGGUUCUGUUCAUCCUUGAUGGUCUGGACGAAUGCCAACUUCCUUUCAACUUUAAAAAUCCUCAAACUCUGAGUGACAUCACAGUGUCUGCCUCCAAAGAUGUGCUGCUGACAAACCUCAUCAUAGGGAAUCUGGUUCCUUCAGCUCAACUCUGGAUUACUACACGACCUGCAGCAGCCAGUCAGAUCCCUUCAAAGUUCAUAAGCCGUAAGAUAGAAGUGAGAGGUUUCAAUGACCAACAGAAGGAGGAGUACUUCAGAAAGAGAUUUACCGAUAAAGAGCAGGCCAAUAUGAUCAUCUCCCACAUCAAGACGUCUCGCAGCCUUUUUAUCAUGUGCCACAUCCCAGUCUUCUGCUGGAUCACCGCUAAAGUUCUGGAGACUGUCAUGAUAAAGGAAAAAAACACAGAUCUGCCAAAGAACCUGACAGAACUGUACCUGCGCUUCUUGAGGUUAAACAUAGAAAAGAAAAGUUAUUUGAUGGAUGAUGGAGGAGCUACAAGAGACCAUCCAAGUUUAGAGAAGAUGAUCGAGUCUCUGGGAAAAUUAGCCUUUGAGCAGCUUAAGAAAAAUCAAACAAUCUUCAAACACCAUGACAUUGAAGAGUGUAAUAUAAAUAUCGAAAACACAUCAUUGUACUUAGGAGUGUUCAAUCAGAUUUUUAAAAAAGAUAAGUGUGAGAUGUUUGUGAACAAGGAGUACAGUUUCAUGCAUCUGACCUUCCAGGAGUUUCUGGCAGCUCUUUAUGCCCAUUUGACCUUCGUCAACUCUGGAGUCAACCUCCUGGAAGAACAGCAAACAUGGUUUUCCCUACUGAGAAGAAGAGACACAUUUUACCAGACUGCUGUAGAAAAAGCUUUAAAGAGUCAAAACGGACAACUGGACAUGUUCCUCCGCUUCCUCUUGGGUCUUUCUUUGGAGACCAAUCAGAAUCAUUUACAAGACCUCCUGACAAAGACAGGAAGGAUAUUAGAGAGCAAACAGAAAACAGUCCAGUACAUCAGGAAGAAGAUCAAUGGGAAGUUGCCUGCAGAGCAAAGCAUCAACCUGUUCCACUGUCUGAAUGAGCUGAACGAUCACUAUCUACAGACAGAGAUCCAGCAAUCUCUGAGAUCAGGAUGUCUCUCUACAGAACAUCUGUCCCCUGCUCAGUGGUCAGCUUUGGUCUUCAUCUUAAUGUCAUCAGAAGAAGACCUGAAAGAGUUUGACCUGCAGAAAUACAGUAGUUCAGAGGAAGCUCUCCUGAAGCUGCUGCCAGUCAUCAAAGCCUCUAAAAAAGCUUUACUAAGGUACUGCAAUCUCUCCAAAAGAAGCUGUGAAGUUCUGUCCUCCAUCCUUAGUUCUCCAGCAUGUCAUCUGAAGGUUUUGGAUUUGAGUGGGAAUGAUUUGCAGGAUUCAGGAGUGAGGCUGUUGUCUGAGGGGCUGCAGAGUCCAGACUGUAAACUGGAGACUCUUAAUUUGGAGUACUGCAGAUUGACAGACAUGAGUGGAGAUCAUCUGAGUUCAGCCCUGAAGUCCAACCCAUCACAUCUGACAGAACUGAACCUGAACAACAACAACCUGCAAGAUUCAGGAGUGAGGAAUCUGUGUGCUUUUCUGGAGAAUCCAGAGUGCAGACUGAAGACUCUGAGGUUAUGUGACUGCAGGUUGUCAAAGACCAGCUGUGAGGUUCUGGCUUCAGCCUUAAGGUCAAACCCAUCCAAUCUGAAAGAGCUGGACCUGGGAUGGAAUGGCUUUAACGUCCCAGAUGUGAAGCAGCUGUCUGACCUGCGGAAGAGUCCAGACUGCAGCCUACAGACUCUGAGAUAUUUAUGGUGAUCUUUAUCAAACUGCCGUUGAUGGUGAGCAGAGAGGAGGAUCUGAGUGCUGUGAUUGCACCGUGUUUCUGGAAAGAGAAAAAAGAGCUUUAUCAACGUCUUUACCAGCUGAGAGCUUCAGAGAGACAGAAGCUUUACUUCCUGCAUCCCUGAUCCAAGAAACAUUCUAAUGAUCCAGAGAAUCUUCAAGAAGUUUCCAGAAAGAUGUAUUUAAGUUUGCUCUUGUUUGCUGGAUUUCCUGAAGCGUUGGCUUCAAUAAUUGAAUGUCAAAAAAUUAAAGAAAUGUCAAAUCUUUCUGCUCAGAAA